AUGAAAAAGAGACUUCAGCUGAAGGAAUGUGCGCGUUUGACCCUUUUGGAGCAAUUUUUGCGGUUUCUUAUCCAAUUGCAACUCAAAAUGUCAAAGAAUUAUAUCAAACUGACUGAUGCAAGCAACUAUGCAGAUGGCGCUAUUUUGUGUGAAAAAAUUAGUGCCCUGAAAACAAAGGAAUUAAGUGAAGAUGGACAAUACUUGUUAGCCUAUACAUUUGAAAAUAUGAUUCUGCUGCUUGAUGUACUGGAUGGCCAAAAGAAACAUAUAUUUAAAGAUUUCCAAAACGAAAAUGGAUGGUUAUGACUAAUAGUUGUUGAGGGAGGAUGGGUUCCAUAG